GCAAACGGAGCGACUCGCUCAGUCUGCGACACACAGUUGAAGCUGAACGAUCGAUUCGGCGGACAGUCCGCAUCCAAGUGAAAGCUCGCCUCCAUAUCCAAUUGCCAAUUACCAAUUGCCGAUUGCCCGGUGCAAUUCUCAGUGAAGUGAACGAUUUAUGGAAAUUCAUUGAUUGCAAUUCCGGCCGACAAGUGUGUGAAUUAAAAAAACAAACUAACAACAGUGCCAGUUACCUGAAAGCCAGCGAACACCGCCAUGGAACAGAGCCGGAUCCAGACAAUGCUGCCAAUUAUGAUGGUAAUCAUCGCCAGCUCGUGCUGCAUACACGGCCAGUCCUAUCUCUUCAGUUUGGAGAACGUUCUCAACGAGUCAUCCUCCCGCCAGCUGAACUACAACCUAACGUCCGUGAACGGAACCACUGAGGUGGACUUGUUUCCCGAUACCAUCGCCAACAACAACCGCAUAAUUGUCUACAAGAACACUGUCGUCGGAUCGGCCAACGAACUAUCCCAGACAGCGAUGGAUGUGAUCACGAUUGUGUGGUAUGUGGCCACCUUUCUGGCCCUGGCCGCCUUCUUCAUGCUAAUGGCCUGCUCGGAUCGUCGAUGCCGGGACAUGAGGCGUCGUCCCGCCGGCGCUCAGUCCGCCGAGGGUCUGAGGGCACCGCCCACGCCCUCGCCGUCGUACAGUGAGUUUGCACCGCCCAGCUAUGACACGGUGAUCAAGAUGCAGCAUGCGGCCAAGACGAGUGUGUUUGUGAUACCCUUCAGCAACAAGGCCGGCGAACUGGGUGCUCCAGCCACGCCUCCUCCGCCCCCAGCGGUCAGUCAUUUGCCACCUGCAAUCACCUGCAGCGUGAUCACCGUCAACGAACUGCAGAAGUCGGCCGACUAGCCGACUAGCCGAUUAGCCCGGAUUCUAGCCUUACUCUCCGACUCUGUGAUAUUUGCUGUUUAUGGCAAUUGGCCAAGUAUUAGAUGUCGUAAGAUCCCCACAAAAAAAGACUGACAAUGAAAGAUAUCUUCGUGUGCAUAUGCAUUCAAAUGCCAGUUCAACUGAAACUAGAUGAAUAAGUACUUAAGUAAAAUAAAUCAGCACGUUAUCGAAGAUGAUUCACCUAA